AUGGCAUAUAGUCUUUAUUGGCCAGAUUAUCUCGUUCUCGUUGCACUUUUGGUUUUUUAUGCUUGUGUGGGCAUUUGGUACGGUUACGAAAAUCAAAUUAAACGACUUUGGCGACGAAUGCGCGGUAAAGAUGUGGAAGAGGCGGCACCCAUGACAACUGAUGACAUUUUCUUGGGGAACAGACGGCUGGGUUUAUUGCCCAUUCUCGGAACGACUGUUGCCAGUUUCAUAUCAGCUGUAACUCUCCUUGGGACAAACAAUGAAGUAUAUACUAAUGGAAUCGAAUUUGGACUGAUGAUGCUUGCCUAUUUAAUUUCUUUCCCAGUUGCGGCUGAAGUUUACGUUCCUGUCUUUUAUAAGCUGGAGCUCUCGAGUUCGCAUGAGGUCAUUUACAUCGCUGUCGUCCUCUACGCGCCGUCACUCGCCCUCAGUCAAGCAACUGGAUGGGACGUAAAUAUCGCAAUAGUUGCAAUUGGACUUGUCGCCACAUUUUACACAACAAUUGGUGGAAUCAAGGCCGUAGUUUGGACAGAUCUUAUUCAAAUGGUUGUCAUGUUGGUUGGAUUUAUCAUGAUUAUUGCCAUGGGGGCCGCCGAAUUGGGUGGAAUAGACAGAGUUGUGCAAAUCGCGGCCGACGGUAAACGUCUUGAUAUCUUCAACUUCGACUUCAAUCCCUUUGUGAGGCACUCGUUCUUCGCCCUGACUUUUGGUGGCGCAGGCAUGGUCCUCAGCAUUUAUGCGAGCAACCAGACAUCUGUUCAACGUUACCUAGCUUGUAAAGACCUGAAGACGGCCAAGACGUGGGUUUUGCUACUUAACAACCUCCUACUUCUGACUAUUAUUUUCAACGUUUGCAGAUAA